AUGGAGCCCCCGUCGCGGGCGCACACCGCGCUGUGGCUCCUGUUCAUCGUCCCGUACGCGGCGUUCUCCGCGCACGCGAUCCUCGCGCUCAGCCUCAAGCGCGGCGUCUUCGGCCUCGUCCAAGGCGCGCUCCUCGCGUGCGUCGCGCUGCCGUUCUGGCGCGCGAUCUGUCGCCGUCCGACCUACGCGCCGCUGAGCGCGCUCCUGUCGCGGUACCGCGCGAAGACGCCGUCGUCGAACGCCGGGUUCGCGGACGCGAGCGACGCGGGGUUGGAGUGGACGCGCGCGAUCGAGGCCGCGGUGGAGACGUUCGCGGACGAGCUGUCGUCGUUCGCGAGGGCGAACGCGAAGACUUCCCUGAUGAACGCGUCGUCGAGCGCGGCGGAUUCGAAUUCCGCGAUGAGAGACGACGGCACGGGAACGGGAACGCCGGCGUCGCCGGCGUCUCCGACGUCGCCCACCGCGGACGAGCACCCGACGCGCGCGCUCCUGCGCUCCGGCUGGGGCGUCGUCCCCAUCCUCGACGAGUGCUCGCGGCCGAACGCGCUCGCGGCCGCGCGGUUCCCGAGGACGUCCAGAGCGAUCGCGGCGGCGAACGGAUUCGACGCCAAAUUUUCAACGCUCGCGGGGAGAGACGUCGACGUCCCGCGCGUCGGCGAGUGCGACGGAUACCACCGCGCGCACGUCGUCGUCCUCGCGGAGGGCGGGCACGAGCGCGGCGCCGUCGUGGGCGUCGAGGUUGGGGGGCAGCGAAGGACGUUACGGCGAGGGGACGUCGUCGUCGCGAACGACCACCUCGAGAGCCGGUGGUUCCGACCGGAGGGCGAAGACGUCGACGCGGCGUGCGUGUUGUCGUUCGACGUGAUGAAGCGCGCGUUUCGGCACUGCCGCGCGGGGGUGGAGAAGCAUAGGAGGGAGCAUAGGGAGGCGUUGGUCGGUAGCGGUGACGGCGAGGGGGGCGCGAGCGGCGGGGGGGUCGGCGCGGCGGUUAAGCGCGUCGCCGCCGCGUUCGCGCGCGGGUUCGUCGGGAACCUCGGGUGA